AUGUUGCUAAGUAGACCCAGAGUCAGACCUUCGCUCUACAGAGCUGGUCUUCGUUAUAAUUCAAAUACUACCCUGUCCAUUCACACCCACACUAUCAAGACUCCCGUCGGUGCAAAGGCUGCCAUUGCUUCUUUGAAGCCAAAGACCACUAGACUUUCCAUUGAGGGACCUAUCGAGUGUGAUUUGCAUGGAUUCCAAUUGCUUAAUUCGCCGAUCUUCAACAAGGGAUCUGCCUUCACUGAAGAGGAGAGAAAGGCUUUUGAUUUGGCUGGUUUGCUUCCAUCAAAGGUCAACACUUUGGACGAGCAGGUGGAGAGAGCAUAUGCGCAGUUCCAGUACUUGAAGACGCCAUUGGCAAAGAACGAUUUCUGUACAUCCAUGAGAAUGCAGAACAAGGUGCUUUACUACGAGUUGGUCCGUCGUCACAUCAGAGAGAUGUUGCCUAUCAUCUAUACUCCAACGGAAGGUGAUGCUAUUGCUGCUUACUCUCACCGUUUCAGAAAGCCUGAGGGCUGUUUCUUGGAUAUCACCGACCCAGACUCCAUUGAGGAACGUCUUGCUGUUUUCGGUGAGGAUAAGGACAUUGACUACAUGGUCGUUUCCGAUGGUGAAGGUAUUUUGGGUAUUGGAGACCAGGGUGUUGGAGGUGUCCGUAUUGCCAUUGCCAAGUUGGGUCUUAUGACCUUGUGUGGAGGUAUCCACCCAGCAAGAGUGUUGCCUGUGAUUUUGGAUGUUGGAACCAACAACAAGGAGUUGCAGCACGACGAAUUGUACAUGGGUAACAAGUUCGACAGAGUGAGAGGUGAACAGUACUGGGACUUUGUCGAUAAGUUCAUUACUGCUGUUAAGAAGCGUUUCCCAUCUGCUGUGUUGCACUACGAGGAUUUCGGUGUCACCACUGGCCGUAAGAUGUUGCAUAAGUACAGAGAAGCUUUGCCAUCGUUCAAUGAUGAUAUUCAGGGUACCGGUGCCGUGGUUAUGGCUUCCAUUACUGCUGGUCUCAAGUACAGCAACAGAGAUUUGCUUGAUUCUAGAAUUUUGAUCUACGGAGCCGGUUCUGCUGGUUUGGGUAUUGCCGACCAGAUCGUCAACCACAUGGUUUCUCAUGGUUCUACUGUUGAGGAAGCUUGCAGACGUAUCACUAUCGUGGACCGUCGUGGUGUCGUUUUGCAGUCUUACAAGGACUCGUCUGAGGGUCAACUCCGUUUUGCUGCCCCAGAUGCUGAUUGGGAAGGUGUUGAUACUAAGAAUUUGAAGGACACUGUUGCUCACGUCAAGCCAACCGUUUUGGUCGGAUGUUCCACUCAGGCUGGUGCCUUCACCGAGCAGGUUAUCAAAGAGAUGUACAAGCACAACCCACAGCCACUUGUGUUCCCACUUUCCAACCCAACUCGUUUGCAUGAGGCUUUCCCCAUUGACAUUAUGAAGUGGACCGACAACAACGCUUUGAUUGCUACUGGUUCUCCUUUCCAGCCUGUUGACGGCUACUACAUUUCCGAGAACAACAACUGUUUCACAUUCCCAGGUAUUGGUUUGGGUGCUGUGCUUUCCAGAUGUACCACCAUCACCGAUACCAUGAUCUCUGCUGCUGUGGACCAAUUGGCUUCGAUGUCUCCAAAGAUGGACAACCCAAAGAACGGGUUGCUUCCACGUUUGGAGGAGAUCGAUGAGGUUUCUGCUCACGUUGCUACUGCUGUCAUUUUGCAGAGUUUGAAGGAGGGCACUGCUCGUGUUGAGAGCGAGGAGAAGCCAGAUGGUGGUUUUGUGGAGGUCCCAAGAGACUACAAGCUGUGCUUGAAGUGGGUUCAAUCGCAGAUGUGGAAACCAAUCUACAGACCAUUGGUGAAGGUGCAGCAUGUGCCAGAGAUUCACACUUAUCAGCAUUAA